CCCUAAUGACACGUCAGUGCUCAAGCGCCAGCCGACCACAUGCUCAGCUCAAGCUAACAUCAAGUUCACACAGUCGCCAGUAAUUAUGUUAAAGAAAAGGUAUGGCAGACACGGAAUUAAAAAGCUUCACUUCCAUCAUGGACGCUCUGCUUCGUAUUAGCUCCAACAUGAAGAGCAUGGAGCAGGAACUGCGUUGUCCUGUCUGUGAUGACACAGUGAAGCAGCCCAUCCUGCUGCCGUGCCAGCACAGCGUAUGCUUGCUGUGCGCGGCCGACGUCUUGAUACAAAGGGGGUUCCCUCCGCCUGACCUCCCCCCUGAGCCACGGUCGCCGGCCUCCACGCCCAACACCCGCUCGCCGCGUCAGCCGCGCAGACCCGUGCCUCGGACACCGGACCACCUGGAGCGCGUUCUCAGAACCGUAUGCAGCACAUACCCUGGGCGGCGGCGUAGGGACACGGCCCCUCCCCCCAUGCUGUUCCCGUGUCCUUCUUGUCAGGAGGAUGUCGAGCUGGGCGAGAAAGGCCUGACGGACUGUCCCCGCAACCUCACUCUAGAGCGCAUUGUGGAAAGGUACAGGCACACGCUGAGUCUGGGCAGCAUAGCCAUCAUGUGCGCUUUCUGUAAGCCUCCACAUUCUUUGGAAGCCACUAAGGGCUGCGCCGACUGCAAAGCCAACUUCUGCAAUGAAUGUUUCAAACUCUACCAUCCCUGGGGGACCCCUCGAGCUCAGCACGAACACAUCCUCCCCACCAACAACUUUCGCCCAAAGGUGCUGACGUGCACGGAACACGAGCAGGAGCGACUGCAGUGGUACUGCUGCACCUGCCGCAGGUUGCUGUGCCCGCUUUGUAAGCUACGCCGCAUCCAUCAGGGCCACAAAGUAUUGCCGGUCACACAAGCCUACCAGGCCCUCAAGAAUCAACUCACCAAGGAAGUCAACUACAUCCUGGCCAACCAGGAAACCAUACAAAGUCAGAUCACACAGUUGGAGACAGCUUUCAAACACAUGGAGGCCAACAGUGCUGUAGCUCUCAGUCAUCUGAGCCGCUGCAUGCAGGAUCUAGCGGCGUCCAUAGCUGAGCGUCAGAGGGUAUUGUCUGUGGCCCUGGAGGGUUCACAUGGCUGCAGGGAGGAGGCGCUGUCUGGGCAAGCGUCUGACAGGCGAGACAUGCUGGAGAACGCCGGCAUGAUGGCCUACACUCACGAGCUCCUCAAGGAGACCGAUCAGCCAUGUUUCGUGCAAGCAGCGCGAAUAACUCACAACAGGCUGGUGAAGGCCAUCGCAAAUUUGCAGCGCUUCUCCCUAUCUGCCGAUCCCUCAUUCAAACACUUUCACUUGGACGCAACAAAAGAGGUCAAGUUCAUCAACAGCUUGGAGUUCAUACGUGCCCCUCUAGCCCCAGUCAUCGACACUCAGAAGACGUUGGCCUACGACCAGCUCUUCCUGUGCUGGCGCUUGCCUCAGGACUCAGCCCCAGCCUGGCACUUCUCUGUCGAGUACCAAAGUCGGACGGGUGCAUCCGGAGACACUUGGGGCGGCACCCGAUCCCCCAACUCUUCAACUGCGUGGCAGAGACUGGACGAAGUGCGAGGGACGAGUGCCAUCGUAGACCAACUGCAGAUAGAUAGCGUUUAUGUGCUGAGGGUACGAGGCUGUAACAAGGCCGGCUUUGGAGACUACAGUGAGGAAGUGUACCUCCGCACGCCACCAGCUCCUGUGUUGUCUUUCUCGCUGGACUCUCGCUGGGGCUUGCAUUCUGACAGACUGGCGCUGGGCAAGGGUCAGACAUAUGCCCGCAGCGUGCCGGGCCUGUCCCUGCUGAAGGUUGCUGACCGCACGCUCACCUCCUGCCACCUGACCGCCGACCUCCUGGUGGCUGACCUGGCCGUCUCUCAAGGCAGGCACUACUGGGCGUGCUCGGUGGAGCCCGGUUCCUACCUGAUUAAGGUUGGAGUAGGACAGGAGGUGAAGCUUCAGGAGUGGUUCCAUCAGCCACAGGACAUGGCCAGUCCACGAUAUGACCCAGACAGCGGCCAUGACAGCGAGGCAGAGGACGGCCAGGACUCGCCCGCCUUCUGCUUUCUCACCAUGGGCAUGGGCAAGAUCCUUCUACCCCGAAGCCAUGCACAGACGAAUGCUAAGCUCGCCCAUCCUUACACGACACCACUGCCACCAAGACUAGGCGUGUGCCUAGACUGCGACGAAGGAAGAGUGGCCUUCUAUGACGCUCACUCCUUACGCAUGUUGUGGGAGGGCCAUGUGGACUGCUCAGCCCCCGUGUGCCCUGCCUUUUGUUUUAUUGGCGGUGGUGCCCUGCAACUGCAAGACCUGGUGGCCAGUCGGAGCAUCGAGGAGGAGGCACCACCACGGAGGGUGAUCAUCAAAACUUGUGCAACCAGUCGAAGAGCUGUUGAAAGUAAACAGUAACUGAUUAGUGAUCCAUUGUUCGAAUGGCUUGUCAG